AUGAUGAAACUCUUUGUGCUAUCCGCAAUACUCUCCUUGCCAUGGUUGGCAACUGGAUCCUCGUCCGAGGGUUCUCGCAAUGUUUUGGCAUUAUCCGAAUGGGCGCAAGAACAAGGAAUAGUGAUGCAUUCCAGCCUCAAGUUCAAAGAGUACAAGAAUGCCGAUGACGAUGAUGAAGCCAGCAGCAAUUGGGGAUUGGAGUUGGCAGAAGCUGUCAAGCCUGGAACCGUCCUCCUACAAGUUCCUCGUCAACUCUGCCUCGAAGCCAGUGCUUUGCGAAACGAAUUUGAACAAACUCUGGGAGCCAGCAAACUCCAAUUGGCACUCGAUGCGCUGGGACCCGAGUUUGCCAAGUUGCACGAGGAUAACUUUUGGAUUGUCCUCAAGUUAUUCCAACUUUGUCGCUGUCAAUCAAAUGACAACAGCAGCAGCAACAACAAAUGGAGUCCUUGGAUUCAAGCCAUUCCCAGAGCAUUUACAAGAUUCAACAAAGAAGAACAGGAAUGUCUCCCAUACUAUGCCAAAUAUGCGGCAGAGUAUCAAGACCAAAAGUUCGAUGCCUUUUGCAAAGCGGCUGCUGCCAUGGGAGAAUUAUCUACUCAGGAUAAUAAUAUCAAGGACGACGACACGCAACAAUUGCUGUGGGCAUUUCAGGCCGUUGGAAGUCGCUUUUGGAAAACACAACCUCCCGCGGAUUCUCCGGCACAACCCACCAGCGAAUUGGUACCCAUUGGGGAUAUGUUUAACCAUCGCGAACCACCCAAUGUCAAGAUUCAAUCGCAUCAAGAUGGAUCCGUCAAUUUCAUCUAUGACGGAGACGAGGGAGAAAAGGAUCUCUACAUUACUUACGGCCAAAGCAGCAAUCCUCAUCGAUUCCUCGUCAUUUUUGGCUUUUGUCCAACAGCCCAGUUCAUGCCCACCAUGUGGUCUCAACUGACAUAUCCCGACAACCCCUUCUCGGCCGAUGUUGCCAAUAUGGUCUUCCAAGUGAACGACAAUGACGACAAUGAGUCGCCCGUAAUAAUACCCAGAGUGAUUUGGGAUGCUGUGUUGUAUGCACUCGACGAACCACCCAAGGACGCACCGCCUCCAACCUACACGGUCGAACGGCACAACAGACCCCAUGUCAAAAAGUAUACACGGCAGGUCCUGGAGCACCAUGUGGCCCAACAAUUGAGCGAGUUGGCGGCAUGUAGGGAGAAGAUUGAAACGAUGGGAAGCACCACCAAGAAUAUGGAACUGAUACGGCAACACAAUGCGUUUGUGACGGGCGUGUUCGAGAGGGUUGAAAAGCAUUUGCAGGAAACCAGUGGUCAAGACGUCCUCCCCACAGAGUAG